UUGAUUCCUAUUACUCGGACAGGGACGGACUGUGUUCGAGUGAUUCCUCGUCCAGUAAGAGAAUGAAGAGGGCAGAUAAGAAUGGUAAAGGCCUCAGGCACUUCUCCAUGAAGGUGUGUGAGAAGGUGCAAAAGAAAGGCACUACAUCUUACAACGAGGUGGCCGAUGAGCUGGUGGCUGAAUUCACUCACGCCAGCAGCCUGAUGCCCACCGACUCGCAGGUGUACGACCAGAAGAACAUCCGUCGGCGUGUGUAUGACGCACUCAACGUGUUGAUGGCCAUGAACAUCAUCUCCAAAGAGAAGAAGGAGAUCCGCUGGAUCGGCCUGCCCACAAACUCAGCCCAAGAGUGCCGCAACUUAGAGCUGGAAAAACAGAAACGUUUGGAAAGAAUCCGACAGAAAAGAGCCCAGCUAGAGGAGCUAAUAUUACAGCAGAUCGCCUUUAAGAAUCUGGUGCAGAGGAACCAGGCCAGCGAAGCCUUGUCCCAGUCAACUCCCCCUCCAGGAUCUGUCAUUCAGCUUCCCUUUAUCAUUCUCAACACUGACGUCCGCACCGUCAUCGACUGCUCCAUCUCGAGUGAUAAGUGUGAAUACCUCUUUAACUUUGACAACACAUUUGAGAUCCAUGAUGACGUUGAGAUCCUGAAGCGGAUGGGCAUGUCUCUGGGGCUCGAGAACGGCACAUGCUCUCCAGAGAACCUCAGCGUGGCCACAUCUCUGGUGCCCAAGUCUCUGGAAGCAUAUGUGACCACCAUGGCCACAAACUCCAACAGAACACCUCUGAGCCACACAAGUCAUAGCAGCACAGCCCCGUCACACACCUCAGAGUCCCGUGGCCAGACGCCCAGCUCCUUCAACGAGGAAGAGGAGGAUGAUGAUGAAGACGAUGACAAUCCCUCUUCCCCAGAGUGAUCCUGAGCCGAGCCGGGGAGGAAACGCUACACAGGAAAUAAGCUGCCACUCCUCUCUAUAUUACUAUAUUUUUAACUUCCCUCGUCAUCUCUUUCUUCCUCUUUCCCAGUUUGGCACAAACGCCAGAAGUCUUUGGUUCUGGGGGAGACAGGUUACUGUAUUUUUCUGGUGCUUUUUGGCUAGCGAGCCGUGGGUCGGGCCAUAGAGGAGAGCGAAUAAGUGAAGGCUAACACAUCUUCAGUUCAACUGUCAUCUCAGUGUACUACUCUUCUCUGCUCCCUACCCAGAGAGACAUUCAAAAUCUUCCCAAAAAUGUAUUUAUUUCGGUCAUAUUUGAAUAUGACGAUAUCUGCGUAGUCCAGUGGGCUGGUGCCACUUUAUUUUCUUCUCCUAGGGAUUGGAAAGCAACAUCCUGAUCUUACUGUUCACCGACUGGAGGGAAUUUACAUCCUUGCAUUUAAAAAAAAAUGGAAAAAUGUUCUUUUUUUAUUGGUCGAUUCAAUGUCAUUUUGUGUAUCGUAUAGUUUAUUCCUUGUCAUUCAUCACAAUAGUUGAAGAAAAAUAAAA